AUAAGAAGUACAAAAAGGAAGUGCCAGUGGCAGAGAGAGAGAGUAUUAUCAUAUCAGCAUGAACAUUUAUCCACAACCAUUGCAACUGCCUUGUUGUACGGCUUUCAAUCUCAGAAAUCCCACUUCUUCCAUCUCAAGCUCCGGAACCCGACUCCUUACCCGAAACCCAUAUCCACACCAGCUCCUCCUCUCCCCUUUCCCUCACCUUUCUUCUCCCAACGCCAACACCAAACGGCGCCGUGUGGUUUCCCUUGCUGCGACCUCCUUAGAACUCCCUCUUCUCCCCUUUGUCGUCAACGAGGUUCUUGUUCCCUCAGAGAGUAAAACACUGCAUUUAUAUGAAGCAAGAUAUUUAUCAUUGCUGGAGGAGUCAUUGAUGAGAAAGAAGAAGCUUUUUGUGCAUUUCGUGUUGGAUCCUAUCCUUGUAAAUGAUUCAUCUACUGAGCCGUCAUUUGCAGCGCGAUAUGGUUGUUUAGUUUGUAUAGAAAAUGUUGAAAGAUUAGAUGUUGGUGCAUUAGUCUCUAUAAGAGGAGUUGGUCGUGUCAAGCUUGUAGCUUUUUUGCAGGCAAAACCUUACUUACAAGGCGUAGUUGUACCGGAGCAUGACAAAGUUCCUGACAGUCCAAGCAGAAUAAGCUCAAAGGUCAUAGAAGUGAAGGAGGCUCUUUCUAACUUGAAUAGCUUGGAAAUCAAGUUGAAGGCUCCCAAGGAGGCAUUGUUGCAAACUUCUACUGCAAACUCUUUGGUAUGGGCUGAAAAGGAGCCAUUUAUAGACUGUGAUGAAGCUUUCAUACCAUCAUUACCUGAGCGUGUAUCAUUCGUAGGACUUCAACCUGUUUCAGGAUCAACUCAAUCAGAACUACAGAAGUUGCAAAAUAAGAAGUUAAGGGCAAUGGAACUUAAAGACACACUUCAAAGGCUAGAUGAUUCUCUAGAAUUAAUUAAAGAAAAUAUUUCCAUGGUUGCGGCCAAACUUGCUAUACAGUCGUUAGAGACAAAGUGACCUAUGGGAUUUUGCAAUAGUCAUUAGCUUUAAUAUUCCCUCCGGAUUUGGGGUAUAUAGAAUUAAAACGUAGAAAAUAUGCUUCUUAUGUAAAUUGUAAUACAUUUGUACUCUUUUUCUCUGGCUAUUUUUUUUUCUUUGUUUAUAUUUAUAAUUUUUAUACAAUAAAUUAUAUUAUGUGAAGAUUUAAUAUUAGAAAUGUAAGAUUGUUAUAAUAUGUUAAUUUUCUAUAAGAAAUGUAAGAUUCAUAAUUAUUUUA